UUUUCUUAAUAGGACCCGAUUGUACUUUUAUUAUAUGUGGUGUAUCAUCUCGGGGCAACCUCGCGUUUCUCGCUCUUGCCUAUAGCUGCGACGCAUUAAUAUUAUUCUUUUGCUGGUCUUCUACUAUACGGUGUGUACUUUUCGGGUAAUAAUAUACAGAACCAUAUCUCGCAGGCAAGGCUUGCUUUGCUUGGCUUGUUGGCUGGCAAAAACAGGAGGCCGCUUUCUAUUACAAGAAAAGAGGAGCAUCAUUGGAGAAGGAAUUAAUAGUAAUACACACAUACGAUUGUUUGUAUAGUUGUUUUGAUUGGUUUCGAGUGAAGCCUUUCUUGGCUAAAGUGAAGUGAAGUGAAGGAAGCAGGGGAAGAAGAAGUACGUGCUUCCAACGAAGAAGAAGAAGAGGAAUAAAGUGGAAUUGAAUCAACGCCUUGCGGAAGUGGGGUAAGGAGAGAAGUGUACCGAUCCAAGCAGGCGCGAAAAGAAUAGAAGAAUCAAAAGGAAGAGCGCAAUAAAAGUGCAAAACAGAAGGCGAAGAGAGUAAAACUCGCCGAAGAAGAAGAAGGAACCAACAGCGACAGGGAGCAGGAGUUGGUCCGGACAAAGUUUACGCAACCAUCAUGUCGGAGCACCAUCGCGGUGCUUGGGGAACCCGGGAGGACGCCGUGUGGUGGCCUGCGGGUAUCUCGUCUUCGGACCAGCAAACGAUCCAACACCAUCAGCAUCUACUUAAUCAGCACCAUCAGCAGCAGCUGGCCCAACAGCAGGCUCAGCUCCAGCAUCAGGUCGUUCAGCAACAGCAACAACAACAGCAGCAGCAACAACAACAGGCCCACAGUAACGACAAUGCCCGAAGCAAUAGUACAACGUCAACGUCCGCCACACAGCAACUAUUUUCCUACAAAAUGGCCAACAGCUUUCAGAACCCGGUUACGACCAUAUCGGGCGUAACGGUGUCCACCUCCAAUUCCCCGUACGACUACCGUCUCGGAAUGAGCACAGCUGGUGUCGUGUCACGGCCGGGAGAUCCCCCAACUAUGGCCAGUACGGCACCGACCACACAAUGGUGGUACCCCGGUGGACAGAACGCCCUCGACAACUCCCUGCAGCAACAGCAACAACAACAGCAGCAGCAGCAACAACAACAGCAACAGCAGCAGCAACAACAGCAACAGCAACAACAUCAGGUACAACAACAGCAGCAGAACCAGCAGCAACAUCAACAAGCCCGCAAUCAACAGACCUCCCAAACGAAUCAAACACACGUGCAGGUGCAGAACAAUGCAGUCCAGAGCAAAAUUACCAACAGCAGGCCCGUCAAGGACAAUAAACCGAGGGGGCGCAUGACAGCGUAUGCCUUUUUCGUACAAACCUGCCGCGAGGAGCACAAGAAGAAGCACCCGGAGGAGCAAGUCAUAUUCGCUGAGUUCUCGCGGAAGUGCGCAGAACGGUGGAAGACGAUGUUGGACAAGGAAAAACAGCGCUUCCACGAGAUGGCCGAAAAGGACAAGCAGCGGUACGAGCUGGAGAUGCAGAACUAUGUUCCCCCCAAGGGCACGGUCGUCGGCCGCGGCAAGAAGCGAAAGGCAUUCAAGGACCCGAACGCACCUAAGCGAUCACUGUCGGCGUUCUUCUGGUUCUGCCACGACGAACGGAACAAGGUUAAGGCACUGAAUCCGGAGUACGGCGUGGGGGACAUUGCCAAGGAGCUGGGCCGAAAGUGGUCCGACAUGGACGCGGAAGUCAAGUCCAAGUACGAGCAGAUGGCGGAGAAGGACAAGGCGCGGUACGAGCAGGAAAUGACCGAGUACAAGCUAAAAUGCAAAAACGAACAGGGCGGCGGUGGCGGCACCCCGCUCAACCUCGGUGGACUGCAGCAAACCGGCCUCCAGAACCUGCCACAGCACGUCCAACAGGCGGCAGCGGCCCAACUGCAGGCGCAAGUCCAACAGCAGCUGGCGGCCCAGGCCGCGGUAGCAGCGGCAGCCCAAGCGGCGGCACACCACGCCGACGAUGACGAUGAUGACGUCGACGAGGAUGAUAACGAGUAAAAUCAAGCUUUCGAUUUGUAUUAUAAAUAUUUUCUUACGAUGAUAUUAAGCAACCGACAACAACAACAACAACAGCAACAGCAGCAGCAGCAACAACAACAACAACAACCACAAGGUGGGCACUCUUCUCUGCUCACCAGUUUGAUCAAUCAUCGGCGACAGCAGCUGCAGAACCACAAGAAACCACCAGAUGAUGUAGCAGAAAGGAAGCAUUCGCAGCAGCAACAGCAGAACAACAGCAACGGUGUCGAUGGAGCACAGGAAGAUGAGGAAGAGGACGAUUCCGGCUCGGAACGAACGUCGCCGUCGCGUUCGUCUAACCAAUAACUACCAACGCCCGGCGAAUGACCGGAUCCACUCUCGUUCGUUCAUUUGUCGCUUUGGAGUUAAGAUCUUUUCUCGUCUUCGAAGGAAGCGCAGGGAGAAGUGGUUAGGGACCGGCAGGGUGCGUACUUUCGGGGUUCGGAGGAGGAAGAAGCAUUUGGUAGCGCGAAUACCAAACAACAUUGUCGAGGUUGCAGACUUCUCACACAGAACAGAAAAAAUAGCAGUUAGGAAAUCACUUUAACGCAGAUAACGUUUUUUCGAAUCUUAAGGGACAACAGUAUACCUUAACAGUAAUUUUCACAUCCACCAUACCUACCUUCACAUCGGCAUUCACACCAUUCCACUAAGUGUGGUGGUGGUGGUGUGCGUUGCCAUGACGAAACAUAAAGACGUGUGAACGGCGGUGAGGUGCUGAAAAUCCACUCGAAGGGACAAUCUUCGAGAAAACGCAUAAAUCUUAAGACCACCACACAGAGUAACAGAAUUCGAAUUAAAUAAAAAGAUUCAAAGCAAAACCCGGCAAACACAAACACACACACUUACCAUAAAAACAAACAAACGGACAAGCAGCGAAGGAAAUAUUUCUCAAUACAAAGUGGGGGAAGAUUGAAAACGAAAACAAAAAAACACAUCCAUCUCUCCGGUGAAGGAGAAAGAGAGUCUUCGGAACUGAUGAUGAUGAGAACGGAAUGAUUGAAUAUCGGAAGAGUACAUGAGAGAGGCUUACGUCGUUUAUGAGAUUCGUUUUUGGCUUUUUUUUGGUUUCCGGGUUUAUUCGAAAGUAAAAAAUAAAUUCAUUUGUUUUAUCAGUGUGUAGUUGACUGCAACCUAAGUGGCUCAAAAUUUUACAAUUAUUGUCAAAAUGCGCCAUUUUAUGGGACAUUUUUUAAUUCCAUGGUUUUCCAUCCGUUUCGUUUUUUAAGGGAAGGACAAAAAGUGUUUCAACAUGGCGACCAUGACAAUGUGUCCACGAUCACCAUGUAGCGUUUCAAAAUCCUGACAUACUUCGAUGUUAUUCCAUGUUGCCAUUGAUUAGUGUCAUGGUCUACUGACAUUUAUCGUCUUCACGAUGCCUACUUCGAUCGACUGCUUCGGUUUUGCUCUCGCUGUCGACACUGAAACAAAUUCUCCCACUGAUAUCCCAUCGGUAGGGUUACAAUUUCUCGCAACAAAUCUGCGUGCUUCACAUCAUCUUGUGGGUUCACUGGUCUGGUGGUGGUUGCUUCGACAACAACACACGUUAAUCAAAAGAAACCCCCGUGCAUGACCUUCUUCAAUAUCAUCCUAUAAUACGCUAUCGUUUUCUGUCGCAGAGCAUACAUUUUUCUUCAUGCCCUUUUUCCACAUAUAUUUUUACAAACACGCCCUCACGCAUACGUUGAUGUAGUUUUAGUAGGUGAUUCAACUCACACAAACACACAAAACCGCAGUCGCGCAUCUUUUUUUUUUGUUAUCUAGAGCAAGCAGCGUUUUGUUUCGUUUCAUUUUUGAGUGAGGUGUUUGUGAGAGCGAACGAAUGAGUGUGAGUGUGAGUGAGUGAGCAUUGCGCGAUCCAUUGAUGGAAAAAAAUCAGACAAAAUGAUGUACUAGAUUAGCGCCCAGAGAUUAGUUCAUUAGCUGGUAGAGAAAAACGGAAGGGAGGGAGAAAGUAACAAAAAGAGAAAAACAAAACAACUGGUUAGUUGAUUAUGAGAAGAGGUCGAGAGAUAAAACGUAGAAAGGGGCGAGAGAAGUUAUUUCGUAGUGAAAACAAUAAUUAAGUAAACGAAAGGAAUAGUCGCAAUCGCGAUUGAAAGUGGUUGUCGAUCUGUUCCUUUUUUCAUAUUAAACAAAUGAUUAACUAUGAUUAGUUAUUAUUUUCCCGAGACGAGAAAUCUCUUAAAACAUAUAUUUUCUGACGAUUUAUUUUUGCUGAUAGAAUUUUCUUUAUUUUUUAUUACUGAAUAACUAAUGAUUAAUUUAAUGUUAAGUUAGUAGAGACCCUGAUUAGCUGAGAGUAGUGUGCGUGUGAAUGCGUUUUUGUGGGCAGCGUCUUUUGACGGAGCGAAAUUCGCUGCAUGACGAGUGCACUGUGAAAACAAGAGAAAAUAAUACACAAAAAGUAAGGAAAUUAUUUAGUAGUGUAAGAGUGCAAGCGAGAGACUUUCGGGUAGAACAGAAUGAGGACUAGGAAAAAAAACUGGAACUUCUGAUGGAAAACAACCGAAAGGUUAGAUUUAAAACUGAAACAAAAGAAACCGUGAGGAGAAUAAGUGAAUUAAACGCAUUGAAUAAGAUACAAGUUUGAUCGUAAGUUUAGCUAACACGGACACACUUAUCUCUCAAUGUAAAUAUUAAACGGAUGAAGAAUACCCUAGACAACAACAUCAGCAGAAACUCACAAUUACACGCAAACACAUAAGCAGUGGUAACCCAUUCGGUUCCGGUCCGUAUAUAUAUUCGAAUACAGCAUGCCCGAUAGGCGUUUCUCAGCCAGCCCGGGUUCCCCAACGGGGGACCCUAUCCGACCUAAUUUUUUUUUCUUUCUUUGAGAGUUUGACAGAUCGAACGCUGGAAACAGAAAAAUGAACAAAAAUAUACUUAUAAAUAAAGGAAAACACGCAUUAUAAACAAAUUAUUACAAAACAAAAAAGAAAAGUAAAUAAUUAACAAGUAAGUUUUAGUGAAAAUAAAAAUCCAGAUAAAUUAAAACAAAAGUAAACAUAGCGGGAUGCGAUCAAAGAGGAAUCAAAAAAUAAAACCGAGAGACGAAGCCCGCCAUGGCGCAACGAAUCUCGGAGAUUCUUGCACUCGAGCAAACAAAAGCAAAGCCACACCAACACAGUACCAGCAUGUUGAUGAUCCCCCCAUAAGUAUUUAAAAAAAAAGUACACUCAUUCAAACACACAAACAGAGAAACAACACACCCCAUUACAACAACACGGUGAGCAAAAGACAGAAUCCGCUCUUGUACGGCUACACUACCACCACCAAUACGGCGGACACAAUUUGAGAAUUAACACAGAACAUAUUUAGCGACCGAUAGAGGACUUGAACAAAAGAAAAAAAAACAUUUAAAAUAACAAAAACACUAAAACAUAAACUCAGCAACAUCAACUUGAUAGAGGAAAAAGAAACAACAGAAACUAAAAAAUAAACAGACGCUGACACGGGAAAACAGAAUAAAAGAAAGCUAACAAACUUGAGAGAGGGACAGUAGGAGGGAAACUCGAACAAUAUUACAUAAGGAAACAAACAAACAAAAAAAAA